UUGUGGUCUAUGUCAUUCGAAAACGUACCCCCAUAGAGUCGUCUCUUUCUCUACCAUGUUUCCUUUCUGUACAUCUACAUCUACCUAGUAGUGAUCGCAAACAUGGCAGUCGGUAAAAAUAAGGGGUUGUCGAAAAGUGGCAAGAAGGGAGUUAAGAAGAAGGUAGUUGAUCCUUUUACCCGUAAAGAUUGGUACGAUGUCAAAGCACCGUCUAUGUUUACUUCCAGACAAGUUGGUAAAACACUUGUCAACCGUACUCAAGGUACCAGAAUUGCAUCUGAAGGUCUGAAAGGACGAGUCUUUGAAGUAUCUUUAGCUGAUCUUCAAAAUGACAAUGACGCUGAUAGGUCUUUCAGGAAAUUCAAGCUCAUUGCUGAAGAUGUUCAAGGACGUAAUGUUCUUACCAACUUCCAUGGCAUGGAUUUAACUACAGAUAAACUCAGAUCAAUGGUGAAAAAAUGGCAAACACUUAUUGAAGCAUCUGCCGAUGUGAAAACCACUGAUGGGUAUUUAUUGAGAGUUUUCUGUAUUGGAUUCACUAGCAAAGACCCUGCAUCUACAAGAAGAACCUGUUAUGCACAACAUACUCAGGUUAAAGCCAUCCGCAAGAAGAUGAUUGAAAUCAUCAACCGUGAUAUAGGACACAGUGAUUUGAAAGAAGUAGUAAACAAAUUGCUACCCGAUUCAAUCGCCAAAGAUAUUGAAAAGAUGUGCCAGGGUACCUAUCCUUUACAUGAUGUAUUUAUACGUAAAGUAAAGGUGUUGAAAAAGCCCAGAUUUGAUCUUUCCAAAUUGUUAGACCUCCAUGGAGACAGUGGUAAAGGAGGUUCUGAACCAGGUGUUGCAGGCGAAAGAGUAGAUAAACCUGAAGGUUAUGAACCUCCAGUUCAAGAAACUGUGUAAUAUUUUAGGACCUAAAAAUAAAAAGGUUUUGUACCAUA